AUGGAAAUUGAAGCAAGGCAAGGGGUGGUAGCAAAAAAGCUAUGGAAAAUGCUACGUGUACUAUUGUUCAUCAUAAGAAAAGGCAUAGCCAAGACCAAAACAAUGAUAAAUCUCAGUUUGAUUCUCAAACGUGGAAAACUUGCUGGGAAAGGCUUCAUCAACACUCUCAUGAUGAAUCGUCAAUUAUAUUAUUCCUCCUUCACAUGUCGCUCCUGCGACAACAAUAACUCCUUUAUAUCUCCAUUGGAAUUCGAAUUCAGCUGCAGCAACACUCCUCUCCACCACUCUAGCCGCCAAUUGUCGAGGCCGCGCCAGCGAUAUAGAGAUGAUUUCAUCAAGAAUAAUAAUAAUAAUAAUGACAUUAUGUUGAACAAUGAAAAGGUGGAGGCAGUGAGAAAUUCUUCUUUGGAUACAUUGCCUGGUUUUGGGAGAGAGCUAAGAGUUAGUGAUUCGCCUUUUGCGCUCAAAGACCAAGAGGACAGUUAUCAAGUGGACAUGGCAGCUGAAGAAUUCAUAAUCAACUUCUAUAAACAACUCAGUAGACAAGACAGAUCAAUAGCGACUUACGACUCACCAUACAAUUAA